GCAGUGCAUCCUGGGUUGGCGUAGCCAUGGCGUCUCGUGUCCUCUGCGCCUGUGUCCGCCGCCUGCCCGCGGCCUUCGCGCCGCUGCCCCGGCUUCCCACGUUGGCCUUGGCGCGGCCGCUCAGCACCACCCUAUGCCCUGAGGGAAUCCGGAGGAGACCCGGGGCUCUGCAGUCCGCCUUGGCGCUCGCGCAGGUGCCUGGAACAGUCACACAUUUGUGCCGCCAGUACAGUGACGCACCCCCACUGACGUUAGACGGAAUCAAGGACCGAGUUCUGUAUGUCUUGAAACUCUAUGAUAAGAUUGAUCCAGAAAAGCUCUCCGUAAAUUCUCAUUUUAUGAAGGACCUGGGCUUAGACAGUUUGGACCAAGUGGAAAUUAUUAUGGCCAUGGAAGACGAAUUUGGGUUUGAAAUUCCUGAUAUAGAUGCAGAGAAGUUAAUGUGUCCACAAGAAAUUGUAGAUUACAUUGCAGAUAAGAAGGAUGUGUAUGAAUAAAGUAUCAGAUGUCUUUAUUCCAUGAAGAGCUGGAGUAUUUACUACACACUGACAACCAAGAGUGAAAAACACAGGAUGGAUGUGGCUGCUGACUGGAACUUACUCCAGGUUAUUUUGGGAAUAUUCCCCAAAGUUGUAAAUGGCUACUUUAAAUCCCAGGGUAGCUGAAGAAUUGGCGCAAAAAUGCAUGUGGAUCGUUUCUGCUGAAGAUCACUAAGUAGUGCCUGCCAUCAGGCCUUGACCUUGUCUCUCCUCUCCCACACAUCUGGCCUAGUCACAUCACUCUGGAUGCGUCUCCAGCUCACUGGCUUACACAUUUAGGGUCUUUUUUGCUGAAAUGCUAAACACCUCUCUGCUCUAAGAAUUCACAGGGAUGGUUUCAAUAAGGAUUUUGAGCUCUGAUAGGCAGCAAACUGACCACAUAGAGCAGUCCACACUACAAAUCAGAGAACAGAAUACAUAGAGUUGAUGUGUAAGUUCUGUGUGCAUGUUCACGUGUCAAAGACAGGGGUUGAUGCUAAGUGCCUGCUUGCAUUGUUCUCCACUUUACAUACUGAGGCAGAGUUCACUGCUUGCUGUUUCAGCUAAUCUAGCUGGCAAGCUUGUUUGGGUAAUUUCCUCUUUUUUUGUGCCCUGGGUGACUCUCAUGAGCCCUUGUGGCUGGAGAUAGAGCUCUGUGAUUGAACAUUUGCUCAGAAUGCAUGAGGCCCUAGGUUCUAUGCCCAGCACUGAAAAGACCUGGAAAUAGCUCUGUCUCCAGCCCUUGUCUCCCAGUCCCUCUAACUCAGCUUCUUCAUAGUCUCCUCACUAUAUAUAUAUCCUUCACACAGUCCUAACCGCGCCCCGCAGGAGGGCCAGGGGAACCUUUCGAGUUUCUGUGACAGUACCUACAGUAAUGCGAGCUAAAGCUGUUCUGAACGUCACCCACCAGGUGUUCUUGCUACAGUCCUGUAAGCAAGAUGACAGUGAGAGAGUACAGAAGUGAAACCCACACUGCUGUUCCGGGAAAGGCAGCAUGACUGUUGGAAAUCAAAGACCAGAGAGACGGUACCUCGUAACCAUGGAGCUGGAAAGCUCUAGGAAGUAGACAUUUGGGGUGACUAAGCUGCCCGUAUGUGAAAGACAAAGUGAAAUUUCUUAGGUACAGCAGUUAGAAUAACUAAGCUGCCUAGAUAUAGUUAGGAGUGAAGUACGUCAACAGUUGACUUUGAAAUCACCCUGGGGGAAAAAAACCAAACCAAAACCACUAACUGAUGACUAGUUAGGGUGAGUCUCUGAAUUCACAGUACCAUUCUUUCAACUGUCAAAUCUGUCAAAAGGUGAGAGGAAGCUUCAAUACACAUUUGAAAAGGACGAUACUAAGGACUUGUAAUUGGAUGUCUGCCAGAGCGCCAAAGUGUGCAUCACUAUAUAUAAUCUCAAGCACCUUGAGUCCCAAGAUCAUCAAACUCUGAGUGGGGUUGGUUGAACAGAAACAAAUAUGCAGAAUAAGAAAAGCUGCUAUUUUAAGCAAAAAUAAAAUGCAUGCCUAU